GGCGACAAUCGAUUGACAGCCUAUCGUAAUUUGCACGCCUCUGUUGAAAACUCUUUUUAAUAUUGGGCAGCAGCGUCGUCGUCGUCGCGUCACACCUUUAUUUUUUGUCGGCGAGAGCAGCAGUAGCGCGUAGAAUUUGGAGCAUCCAGCGCAGCGAAAUACAGGAAUUGAAAUCCCAAUCAGCAGGCGAAUUAUAACGGGGCAGCAGCGAUAGCAGCCGCAGCAGCAGCAACAAUAACAACAACAAUUCUAAUUCAACUACGCACCCAUUAACACCCACCCCUCAUCCUUGCCAGGCCCCAAAGCCCCGCCUCCCACAACCCCCACGCCCCCCGGAACGCCCGCACUUUUGGCACAAACACAGAGACACACAUCAAAAAAAAAAACAAAAAAACAAACAGAAACAAAAAAAAAAACACCAAAACACAUAUAUACUUAUCAUCCGAGCGACAAAAAACCGACCGCAUUUAUCAUCCGCACAUCGCACAUCGCAUUGUUUGCUAUUGUUGUCUGCUUCGAUUUGCACGCGAAGGAGCAGACAAAGAGGACGCGCCGAGGAGGAGGGGAAGGAGGCGGUGCAGGAGGGGAGGAGACGCCGACAAAGGAUCCGAAGGCAUCCAGUAGUAUCCUGCAUCUAUGGGUCAGAAGGCGAGCACUCCGGCGACCAGUGGCCAGCAGAGCCCUCGCUCCAGGACAUUCUCGAGUAGUUCCACCGGAGCAGCGGACCACACGGCCCAGCCGACGACGCAUCCCGGUCAGAAUCGUGGCGGCGGCGGCGGCGGUCCCAAUGACGCCGGCCAGGGCUUCAACCUGCUGCGCACCCUGCCCGGUUUGCAGGUGUACAGCAACCACAACCAGAACUCCACGUCCAUCGAUCGCCAGCGGGCGCGGAGUCUGAGCUCCGUGCCGGACAUCCAGCAGCAGGCGGCCCAGCAGCAGCAGGUGGGCUCGAUCACCUCGUCCGGCAGCAGUCCGCACUCGCAUCCGCACGCGGCCCACGGCCACCCUGCCGUGGGCGUCUCCGUGUCGGCGAACGCGGCCAAUGCGAACAGCAACAGCAACAGCAGCUUCCCGGCCGCCGGGAACAACAAUGGAUCCGCCACGCAGCCCUACAUGCAGCAGAGGCGCACCCUGGGCGAUUCCAUACGGGACAUGUCAAUGACCGGCAGCAAUAUCGCCGAGAGCAUCGCCCUGGCCGCUUCCGCCACGUCCGCCAAUGGGAUCGGCCGUGUCUACACGGCCACCUCGCUUCCAUCGCACAUUUGGUCCUUCAAUGGUAUCAAGUGCCCUGUGUGCAAUAAGUUUGUGUUGCCGGACGACAUUGAAUGCCAUUUAGUCAUGUGCCUAACGAAACCACGACUCUCAUAUAACGAGGAUGUUUUGUCAGACGCCAAGGGCGAGUGCGUCAUCUGCCUUGAAGACCUGAGUCCGGGGGACACCAUCGCCCGGCUGCCAUGUCUCUGCAUAUAUCACAAAGGAUGCAUCGACCGUUGGUUUGAGGUGAAUCGCUCCUGUCCCGAGCAUCCUGGAGAUUAGUAAUCCUCGCCAGAGCUCGCCGAGUUGUUUGUGUGGUGCGUUAUGCAAGCGAGGAGGAGCGGUGUUGGAGCAGGAAUGGAACUGGAACUGGAUCUGGAACUGCAACUGACCAGCCGGACGCGGUGCGAAGGAGGGUUUUAUCGCUGGGUUAGGGCGCAGAUCCCCAAGCCCAGUGACCAAAUAGCUAACACCUGUUCAACACCGCGACGAGCUGGAGCUUGAAAAUAAAGAGCGUUAAGGAUUUAGGAUAAAGAUAUAGGAUGGGAGAGGCUAUGCCACAAAAUGCUGAUCUAAAGAGUGGGAUCGAGCCAUCGAUCAUUUGACCUACCGACCGACCGAUCGACUGCUGACGGAACCCAAAAAAACACACACAAAUCAAUUGAAACAAAAUAAUUUACAAUGCUAAACUGGCAAAAUAAUAAUAAUAAACAGAGUAAGAGAAAAAUGAAAAAAAAAAAGAAAUCAAAUAACGAAAUCAACCAACCCACAAAACUACAACAACAAGAAGCAACAACCAGAUGAUUAAGAUGACGGGGGAGUGUAAAGCGAAGCAACCAACCAACCAACAAAAGAAUGUCAACCAAUGUGAUGUUAAAUUUUAUAUUUUGUACUAUGGAUAAUGAUGUAAUUGUAAUUGUAAUGUAUAUGUAUGUAUUUAUUAUUUUAAAAAGGACUAAAGUAGGAUAAACACAAAAAAAAAAAAAAAACAA